AAAAGAUUGUAGUCGUAACGCCAAAUCUAAUAAACUUCAUUACAGUUGCGCAAGUGGAACCUUGUCGCGCUACAUGUUUCUUUCCGAGCUGUUUAUCGCGCGGGCACGUUUACCGCUCGUUCAAUCGUGGAUGAUGCAUGAUCCCUGAGCAGAAAUGAGAUUUCCAGUUUUAAUCAACCUCCAGUCGUUUCAACGUGUAUGUAAACAGAUACGGUCAUAUUUUGACACGUAACUAACUUACCGUAGCGACUGUCAGAGCACAUUUUUAGCCGUGUGAGCUAACGUUAGGCUGCUCCAGCGGAAAGAUCGCUCACUACGGUGCUAACGACUUUAUCGGACUAUAAAAGCGUGAUGUUGACGUGCAGAUUUAGCAGCUCCUCCUUAACUAAACAGCAGUGAUCUUUACCACAGCCUAUGAUCUAAAAUAACCUACAGGAUGCCUAAUGCCAGUGCCCGGCCCAAGCAUUGCAGGAGGGCUCGACGGCGACGCAGGGAGGACCCUGCCAGGAAUGAGCUGGUCUCCAGUUCCCUAGAAAGUGCCCAGCAGUGCCUGUUAAACCAAGACUAUGGAACUGCGUUUGUGCACUACCUUCUUGUCCUCAACCUUGCACCUGUGUUUAAGGACUUUGCGAAGGAGUCCUUCAGGUUCACACUCUUCAAAUGGACAGAGGAGCUCGACUCUGUGGGCCGCAUUCAAGACCUCUUCGACUGUUACGAACAAGCGCUGGAACUGUUUCCUGCUGAUGAGGUUAUCCUCAACAGCAUGGGUGAACACCUGUUCAGAAUGGGCUUUAGAGACGAAGCCGCAGGUCAUUUCCAUAAAGCCUUGAAGCUGAGACCAGACUAUCCAGAAGCCAGAGAGAACUUCUACCGUGUGGCCAACUGGCUGGUGGAGCGCUGGCAUUUCUUAAUGCUCAAUGACCAUGGGAGGAACCGGAAGUACCAGCAAGCCAUCCAGAAGGCUGUUCAGAGCGGCUGCAGCACUGUACUUGAUAUAGGUACUGGCACUGGGAUCCUUGGCAUGUGUGCUAAGAAGGCAGGAGCUGCUGAGGUUUAUGCCUGUGAACUGUCAAAGACGAUGUAUGAACUGGCCUGCGAGGUGGUGACUGCUAAUGGGAUGGAUGGUAGCAUCAAGAUCCUUCAUAUGAAAUCUCUGGAGAUGGAAGUGCCAAAGGACAUCCCACACAGGGUGUCUUUGGUAGUGACAGAGACUGUGGAUGCAGGCUUGUUUGGAGAGGGCAUCAUAGAGAGUCUCAUUCAUGCCUGGCACCAUCUGCUGCUUCCUCCACGGACAGGUGAGAAUGAAAUCCAGGAACACUCUGCGACAGGACGAGUUAUCCCCGCAGGAGCCACGGUGUUUGGUGUGGCUGUCGAGUGCCUGGAGAUCCGCAGGCAUCACAGGCUGUGUGUGUCAGAGGUGGGCGGUUUGUCCAUGGCUGCUGCCGGAGAGCUCCGCAGCCCGGUCAGCUGCAGCUCCGAGCCAGAUGACUCCAUGGAGCCUUACACUACAGAGAGGCUGAGCAGACUGCCAGGAGGAUAUAAAUCUCUCACUGCGCCAUUCACAGCCCUCAACAUAGAUUUCAACAACGUGCAGGAGCUGGAGGGGCUGAGCUCCAGGGAGGUGCAGACGAUCCGCUUGCCUGUCGCUCAGGAGGGGGAGCUGGAUGCUCUGGCUGUGUGGUUCCAGCUCCACCUGGAUGAGGAGAGCAGUCUGUCUACUGGACCCCAGGAGGACACCUGCUGGGAGCAAGCCAUCUAUCCUGUCCAUAGCACCAGUGGUUUUCUCCUGAAACCUCAAGACGAGCUGAUUGUUGAGGUCUCCUGCCGAGAUGCCUACCUGAGGCUCUGCAGUGUCGCUGUGCUGAGGGAUGGGCACGAAAUCCGUUUAGACAAGCGCCUGGAUUCACAGUCCUCUGAAAAGCCUAUUUCUAAUAAGAACCCAGAGGCAGAACUGUGCAGUGCACUAGCAGGCCUUCAGACUGACCAGAAUCAAACUAAAAACUUCAGCAUGCUGGAAUGUUCAGAAAUGGCGCUCCUGAACAAUCAUGAUUACCAUCAGAGAUUUUGCAGUGCGAUGGCCAAACUCCUCUGCCAGCUGAAGGUCAGAUUUCAGGGAUCGGGUGUUCGGUCAGGCUCCACAGAAUGUGACGACCUGCUCUAUGUCCUCGACGUGUCGGAGGGCUUCUCUCUGCUCUCCCUCAUCGCCGCCAGCCUCGGUCCUGUAAAAGCUUACAGCUCGGUGGAAAAGAACAAGCAGCAGGAAGUCUUAAAGAGACUCGCUCGAUCCAAUAACAUCCCAGAACAGCAUCUGGAGUUCUGGCUCAACCACGUGGAGGAUGAGCAGGGGAUGCUGCAAAGGCCGUCCAGAGAGAAGCUGUGGAGUGCCAUCAUUCUGGACUGCGUAGAGACCUGUGGUCUCAUUAGGCAGAAGUUGAUGGAGAAAGCUUCAUUGGCCAGGUGUCUGCUGGAGGAAGGAGGACGCGUUUUCCCAGAAAGGAUAGUGGUGCACGGUAUGCUUGUGGAGUCGGACACGUUGCUGUUGGAAAGUGCUGUUCAGGGUCAGGAGCCAACGCUGGGAUUCAAUAUCGCUCCCUUCAUCAACCAGUUCACUGUACCGGUGCAUGUGUUUUUGGACUUUUCCACGCUGGAGUGCAAGCAUCUCAGUGAGUGUGUGGAGCUCUUUGUUCUCGACCUAAUGGAUGCCACUGCAAACUACACUGAGAGAGAAGUAAAGGUCCAGGCUACCUCUGCAGGCAGAAUAACUGCAGUUCCCUUCUGGUACGACAUCUGCCUGGACCAGGAAAUCAGCGUCAGCACCCUUAGCCAGAACUCUCACUGGAAGCAGGCGGCUGUUGUGCUGCAGAAGCCUCUGGAGGUGCAAGCCGGAGACUGGGUGCACCUUGCUGUGAAGCUUCACAAGAGCACCAUGUCCAUAGCAGCCCGUAUUGAGAACGGCCCCAAGCCAAUGGAGCAGUAAUCUUCUGCACCGCGGUUUUGCAGCUAGCUUAGUUUCAAUGUAUUUUACACCUUAGUCCAAUAUGGUAUUUACACAAAUUAUAUACUGCAUUGUGGUAUUAUUUGAAGGUUUACCUCAUCCAGCAUCAUUUUUAUGUCACAAUGAAACUUCAACUAACACUUUUAUUUCAGAAUUGUGCUGUAAGAUCAUAGGACAUUGAUAAUUUGUACUUUAUUUGUAAGUAUAUAACUAUUAUAGUUGUCUCUUGAUUAUGGAUGCAAUUGUUUUUGUAAAGAUGUUUGUCGAUAUCAAUAAACAUAUUUCAACAAUAAACGUGGAACAUUUUCAUAAAUGCAAGAAUAAAAAGAAAUCAUUGAGUGUGUA